CUGUGUGGCUCUGUGUGGUACCGGUGGUGCUGUGUGGUGCUGUGUGGAACCCGGUGGUGCUGUGUGGCACCCGGUGGUGCUGUGUGGUGCUGUGUGGCACCGGUGGUGCUGUGUGCUAUUUAGUGGUUCCGUUGUAGCAGUGGAGCAGGAGGACGCGCCUCACGGGACCCAGCACCAGUUCACGUGCGUGUACUACGACCGCCGGACCGCGAUGGUGGUGGAGGUGGAGAACUUCUUCGGCGUCUACAUGCUCUACUGCACCAACCCAAAGUUCAAGGGUCGCAUCUACGUGGGCUACACGGUGGACCCCGAGCGCAGGAUCGGGCAGCACAACGGCGGGCGGCGCAAGGGCGGCGCCCUACGCACCAGCGGCCGUGGCCCGUGGCACGUCGCCUGCGCGCCACCGCCACCACUCUCGCAUGCUGCAGUGGGACUCAUAAAUGCCCCCACCACGCCACACAAGAUCCCGACCGUAGCGACUGAGCCUGAGCGCAAGGGGGGAGGGGGAGUGGUGGACUCGACCAUCGCUCAAUACAUUCACGAACAUUUAAAGGACAUGGUGCUCAUCGUGCAUGGAUUUCCAUCCGACAUUGCAGCUCUGCGGUUUGAGUGGGCGUGGCAGCACCCCCAGCGCUCACGGCGGCUCACCCACGUCGCACGGAAACACCGGUCCGAGAACUCCCUGCAGCUGCACUUGCGCGUGCUUUGGCACAUGGUGCGUGUGCCGCCCUGGUGCCGCCUCCCGCUCACCCUGCGCUGGCUGCGCCCGGAGUACCGCGAGGACUUCCCCGUGGGCAUGGAGCCGCCCCUGCACAUGCCCGUGGCGUUUGGGCCCGUGCGGGCGAAGGCCAGGCCCUGCGGUGGCUCCCGAACGCAGCAGCAGCAGGGAGAAGUUGCGGUGCAGUCCAUGAAUCCGAGUCAAGCGACCGGCGCAGCAAGAUGCAUGUUAUGUCACCAGCGCAUCCAGCAGGAGGAUGAGCGCAUGUCGUGUUUCCACCCGGGCUGCCGUAUGGAGGCCCACAUCACUUGCCUGGCCCGGGACUUCCUGAAGACGGACCCUACACAGCUGCUGCCUGUCGAGGGCCAGUGCCCAGGCUGUAAGAAUGCAGUGCUGUGGGGGGAUCUGGUGCGCUAUAAGAAUGGAUGCUACGGGGACUUGGAGGAGAUCAUCCUAUCGUCACAGGUAUCUGAUAACCACAACCAGACCUUAUCCUCCCAUUGAACGCCUUACGACGGGCACCAACCCCCACCCCUAACCUUCCACUCACAACACGAGUGCACGUGGCAUGGCAUUCUCACAGCGCGGUGUGCAGUGGUUUCGCAUGAGGGAGCGAUGUUGCCAUCUCAUCCCAAUCGAGUCGUUUGCAUUGUAAAUUCCAAAAUGCGAAUAGCGAUAACACUUUGUCUGUCGUCCCGACAGUUCUGUACCUUUCACCUGAAGACGGCCGCUUGCGUUGUGGCCGAAACGUCGUGAGAAUUUUAUUGUGUUAUUUUAUUAGUUAAUUCUCAUUCUACGUGACUUUACCGAAAGAACCAAAGAAGACUUCUCUUUCAGCUUCUUCCCUUGCACUGCUCCACUUUGGAAUUGCUUCUCAUCGUCUAUAUUUUUCCACCGAGAUCUAAAUUAAAGAAACGUGUUACCUUAUUAUCUGUUGCAACUUUGAAGUGCUGUUUGUAGCUGUUCCGGCUUGAUGUAUUAGGUUUAUUGGGCCGUGGUUGUGGAGCAAUAGUGUAGCAUCGGUUAGGGACCAAUGUCUCGGUUUGUAUCUGAUGAAGCCCCCCCGUGUUGGAUUCCACACGGUGACGGACGUGUUCACAGUGCUCCUGUAUGUUCGUGCGUGUGUUCUAGGCUCACUGGGCAGACGAGGUGCAGUUCUGAGCCAAGGUGAAUGAACGACGAGAACGGGUUUGUGGGGCUGCGUUUAGACGUUUGUUGGCAUCCCAAAGACACAGCGGAAACGCACCAUGGGUUGGGGUUUUGUGUCACUAAUU